AAAUCUCCUCUCACACCAAUUUGUUGACCAUUCAAUUAGAUUUUGUAGAAAACCUCAAUAGCAUAAAACCCAUAUCUUCACACAACACUCCAAAUUCAUAAAGUUUUGUUCUUAGUGAAUUCUUCAGAAUUUUCCGUUUAUGGUAAAUGAAAAAACAAAACAGAGAAGAAAGUAACAUUUUGAAAAUCUCAUCACUGAUUCUGAUUUAUAUCAAAAAGGAUUCCGGCGACGGAAAACAAGAGAUUUAUUGAAAAUGAUGGACGGAGAAUCUCCUCUAAGACAUCCCAGAAUCAGCCACGUAUCAAAUUCCGGCAGCGAUUUCGGAAGCAGCUCUGAUUACAACAAGUACCUCGUCCAGAUCCCUCCGACGCCGGACAACAAUCCCGGUCCGGCGUCGCUUUCAAUCGUUCUCCUGGAAAUCGAUUCCAAUCAGGAGUCGGUUCCGUCCGUUUCCGGAGACAUCGUUUCCGGCUCAUCUGGUAAAGACAACGAACCGGAUCUAACCGAUGUGAGAAUCAACGUAGGUGAAGAAGAAGAAGACGAUACCUUGCUUUCCAAGAUAUCUUAUUCUCUUACUCGUGUCGUCAAAAUCUCUCCGAUCAUCAUCGCUCUUUAUCGGAUUCUAAUAGUUGUUCGAGUAGUAUCUCUAGCUCUGUUUCUCUUCUGGAGAAUCAGAAACCCAAACAACAAAGCAUUAUGGUUAUGGUUACUCUCUGUAAUCUGUGAACUCUGGUUUGCUUUCUCUUGGUUACUUGACCAAAUCCCUAAGUUGUUUCCUGUGAACCACGCAACCGAUAUCGAAGCCUUAAAGGCGACAUUCGAAACGCCAAACCCGGAUAACCCGACCGGGAAAUCAGAUCUUCCGGGGAUUGAUGUGUUUGUUUCAACGGCUGAUGCAGAGAAAGAGCCUCCAUUAGUUACAGCCAACACAAUUCUUUCGAUUUUAUCUGUUGAUUAUCCUGUUGAGAAGCUCUCUGUUUAUAUCUCAGAUGAUGGAGGAUCGCUUGUUACGUUUGAAGCAAUUGCUGAAGCGGCUAGCUUUGCGAAAAUAUGGGUUCCGUUUUGCAGGAAACAUAAGAUAGAGCCGAGGAAUCCGGAGAGUUACUUUGGUUUGAAGAGGGAUCCUUAUAAGGAUAAGGUGAGACAUGAUUUUGUUCGAGAGCGACGGUAUGUUAAACGAGCUUAUGAUGAGUUUAAGGUUCGGGUUAAUGCGCUGCCUCAUUCGAUAAGAAGGAGAUCGGAUGCGUUUAAUAGCAAAGAAGAGAUUAAAGCUUUAGAGAAAUGGAAGCAUUGGAAGGUGAAAGUUGAAGAGGAUCAAAUUAAGGAACCAAGGCCUGCUUUAGUAGCUCCUAAAGCUACUUGGAUGAGUGAUGGAACUCAUUGGCCCGGUACUUGGGCUGUCUCUGGACCGCACCAUUCGAGAGGCGAUCACGCUAGUGUUAUACAGGUGUUGCUUGAUCCUCCUGGUGAUGAACCGGUGGAAGGGAAAGGCGGUGAGGGGCGCGCACUGGAUCUUGAAGGAGUAGACAUUCGUUUACCAAUGCUUGUUUACGUGAGCCGCGAGAAACGUCCUGGUUAUGACCAUAACAAGAAGGCAGGAGCUAUGAACGCUUUGGUCAGAGCCUCGGCUAUAAUGUCUAAUGGACCGUUCAUCUUGAACUUGGACUGUGACCACUAUGUCUAUAACUCAAGAGCUUUUAGAGAUGGGAUCUGUUUCAUGAUGGACCAUGACGGCGACCGUGUUUCCUAUGUUCAGUUUCCGCAGAGGUUUGAAGGAAUUGAUCCAUCUGAUCGCUAUGCUAACAAGAAUACUGUUUUCUUCGACAUUAAUCUGCGAGCUCUCGAUGGGAUCCAAGGUCCAAUGUAUGUUGGGACGGGGUGUCUCUUCCGUCGAACCGCGCUUUACGGUUUCAACCCGCCUGAUGUUUUUGUGGUUGAGGAAGAACCUUCUGGUUCCUACUGUUUCCCGCUGAUCAAGAAACGCAGUCCUGCAACCGUAGCUUCUGAACCAGAGUACUACACUGACGAGGAGGAUAGGUUUGAUAUUGGUUUGAUUCGGAAGCAAUUCGGUAGCUCGAGUAUGCUAGUGAAUUCGGUAAAGGUGGCAGAGUUUGAAGGUAGACCACUAGCUACAGUUCACUCAAGCCGGCUAGGACGCCCACCUGGCUCUUUGACUGGAAGCCGCAAACCGCUUGAUUUCGCGACUGUGAAUGAGGCGGUUAACGUGAUCUCGUGCUGGUAUGAAGACAAGACUGAAUGGGGGUUCAACGUUGGAUGGAUAUAUGGUUCUGUAACCGAAGACGUAGUGACUGGUUUUCGAAUGCAUGAAAAAGGAUGGAGAUCAUUCUACUGCGUGACAGAGCCAGACGCAUUCCGUGGAAGCGCACCUAUAAACCUAACUGAUCGACUCCACCAGGUUCUCCGAUGGGCUACGGGAUCAGUAGAGAUCUUCUUCUCUCGAAACAACGCCAUUUUCGCCGGUCCAAAACUCAAACUCCUCCAGAGAAUCGCUUACCUCAAUGUUGGAAUCUACCCAUUCACCAGCAUUUUCAUCUUAACCUACUGCUUCCUCCCGCCGUUAUCUCUCUUCUCCGGUCACUUCGUUGUUGAAACCCUCACUGGAUCAUUCCUCAUUUACCUUUUGAUUAUCACAUUGUCUCUCUGUGGAUUAGCUGUUCUUGAAGUCAAAUGGUCAGGUAUCUCAUUAGAAGAAUGGUGGAGAAACGAGCAGUUCUGGUUAAUCGGUGGCACGAGCGCACAUUUAGUCGCUGUACUACAAGGUAUACUCAAAGUCAUAGCCGGAGUCGAAAUCUCCUUCACCUUGACUUCAAAAUCUUCAACAGGAGGAGAUGAUGAAGACGACGAGUUCGCUGAUCUUUAUCUGUUUAAAUGGACUGCUCUGAUGAUUCCACCGUUAACAAUCAUAAUCUUGAACAUCGUAGCGAUACUUUUCGCGGUUUGUAGGACGGUUUUCAGUGCGAAUCCACAGUGGAGCAAUCUUCUUGGAGGGACAUUCUUUGCCAGUUGGGUUUUGCUUCAUAUGUAUCCGUUUGCCAAAGGUUUAAUGGGAAGAGGAGGAAAAACACCGACAGUUGUGUAUGUUUGGUCGGGACUUAUUGCUAUUUGCUUGUCUCUUCUCUACAUUACCAUUAAGAAUUCGGAGAUUGAUGGAGGAUCGUUUAUGUUGGUUUAG